CACAUAAUUCUGUGAAUCCUGCCGAUCCAACGCAUACCACUCAGUGCCCAAGCCGUGUCUGAUCAUUCCUUAGGAGAUAUCGUCGAUCGAGCUACCUGUGGCCCAAGUACCCCGUGCCUUCGUUUUCGUUCGCGCACUUAUUUGCAUAGUAACAAGAUACUUGAUUGACACAUUUCCCGGGUCUCAAUCCCGAUCGCGCCAGUCAGGUCCCACGUAUUGUUCGGUUCUUCCCGAUCAUUCUCUGCAUAGGGAAGAGGUACGGGGCUUCCCUCAAUCAUGUGGGAGGUUCCGGGCCAGCCUGAUCCCUGUCCCGACUUCUAUAUAUAGGCGUGGCUCGUAGUUAUAUUCACCAAGUGACAAGGAACUAAUAUAACUUCCACCAGUCCAAUGGCCAAACUCCCAGCCUCAGCUGAGGAACCUCUCCUUUCCAGUAAGGACCCUGCUCCCUAUCUGACGAGGAUAACUGCCACUCGUGUGUUGGCGAAAUGGAUCCUCGAGAUGGCAAUGGCCUUGAUCUUUGCAGUGUGGGUUGCUGUCAUCUUUCUCUUCCCAGCGAAUUCCGUGAGUAGUUUCGUCGAGAAAUGGUUUGAGACUACCAACAAAACCAUCUUCGGCAUCACAGGGAGCCUAUUCAUGGUAUUCAGCGGUCCAAUUCUGGUGAUAGCGGUUCUUGCCGCUGCACGCCUCAUCAUUUCGGGUUCUGGGGAGGAAGAGCUCUUACUGAAGAGCAAGUCUGUAAAGUAUCCGAGGUUGAGGCUGUGGACGUUCCCAGUUCUGGUGGAUGGACCAUUUGGAGUUGUUACCGCAGCAGAAUUCAUCGGGAUUUGUCUCGUUAUUCUGUACGUCUUGUGGGCAGUAUAUGCCUACACGUUACAGAACCUUAGCUUAUUAUCCAAGUUCCCAUUGCCCCCCAUACUGAAAAGUUCGGUCAUGUUGGAACUUUCCGGGCUUCGUCUGGGUUCCAUCGGGUUGUACUGCACGGCGUUUUUGUUCCUUCCGGUUGCUCGUGGAUCUGUUCUUCUUCGCCUCGUGGAUAUUCCAUUUGAGCAAGCCGCUAGGUAUCAUGUGUGGCUCGGGCAUCUCACAAUGCUGCUCUUCACUUUCCAUGGGCUGUGCUAUGUGAUCGCUUGGGCAAUGCAGGGCCGCCUGCUACAUGAAAUAAUUGCCUGGGAGAAUUUCGGUGUAGCUAAUCUUCCAGGAGUUAUAAGCCUCUUGGCUGGUCUGCUGAUGUGGGUCACGUCUCUUUCUCCGGUUAGGAAGAAGCAAUUUGAGCUGUUCUUCUACACGCACCAGCUCUACGUCGUGUUUGUCAUAUUCUUCGCAUUGCAUGUCGGGGAUUUUAUAUUCAGCAUUGCUGCUGGUGGAAUUUUCCUCUUUGUGUUGGAUCGCUUCUUGAGGUUUUGCCAAUCGCGAAGAAAUGUGAAGGUGAUAUCAGCGUCAUGCCUCCCUUGUGGAACUGUCGAACUGGUCCUCUCGAAGCCAGGAAAUCUGAGCUAUAAUGCCUUGAGUUUCAUUUUCCUUCAAGUCCGGGAAUUGUCUUGGCUGCAGUGGCAUCCUUUCAGUGUUUCAUCGAGUCCUCUUGAUGGGAAAAAUCAUCUUUCUGUCCUCCUAAAGGUCUUGGGGGAGUGGACAGCCAAACUAAACGGGAAUAUCUUGGACAUCUCAGAGGCUAGUGGCCAAAACAAAUUAGCAAUAACACCACCUAAAAUAACAGCCUCUGUUGAGGGGCCUUACGGACAUGAGUUACCUUACCAUUUGACGUACGAGAACCUCAUUCUGGUAGCAGGAGGAAUUGGUGUUUCGCCAUUCUUUGCCAUCUUGAGUGAUAUCCUCCACCGCACCAGGGAAGGAAAACCGUGUUUACCAAGUAAUGUACUGCUCAUUUGGGCCAUCAAAAAGUCCGACGAGCUUCCUCUGCUUUCCACUGUCGAUAUGGAGUCCAUAUGUCCCUUCUUCCCCAACAAACUAAACCUUGAAAUUGAUAUAUAUGUCACUCGAGAAUCAGAACCACCCCUGGAAGAAGGUAAUGUUGACAAGGCUGAGAGCUCACGUGUCUUUCCCAUCUCUAAUGGGUGUGGCAUGUCGGUUCUGGUUGGUACGGGGAACAACAUCUGGUCAGGACUAUACGUGUUAUCAUCGAUUGUUGGAUUUAUAAUGUUGAUGAGCCUGGUGGACAUCUUCUAUAUAAACCGUUUCGGCAUAACAACGUGGUGGUACAAAGGGCUUCUUUUCGUGGUGUGCAUGCUUGCUGGUGUGUUUGUGUUCGGAGGGCUUGUCGUGUGUUUAUGGUAUCGCUGGGAGAAAAGAAUGACAGCUAUCGAGAAAUUGGAGGACAGCAAGCAAAAUCCGCAGAUAGUGCCUGUGAUGCACAACGAUUUGCCUCAAAGAAAAUCUGUCAGUUCGAGAAAAAUAUUCUAUGGUUCGAGACCUAACUUUGAAGAUAUUUUUGGAUCAGUAUCGGAGCAGUGGGGCCACGCCAAUAUUGGCGUAAUUGUGUGCGGUCCUGCAACACUGCAGACUAGUGUCGCAAAGGAGUGCAGGUCUCGGAACAUGAAGCGAGGAUCUUACCACCCAAUCUUCCACUUUAAUAGCCACAGUUUCGACUUAUAGCCUCCGUGAUCGCUACCUUUGAGCAUAUCCCUCUUCAUAGAAAGGCUUUCGUCUUGGAGGCGGCUAGAUAUAGAUUGGUAUGUAAAUCAUAUAAGUAUUCCAUAGAUGUAACAUAUGAUCACUGUGACUUAUCCCCGAUAAGAAAAAGAACAUAUAACAUAUGAUCAGUAUGCAACUUUCUCGAGGAUGAAGUGGUUGGUCCAGCUCGUUUUUCAUAAUACAUGAUCAAUAGCAUAUA